CUCAUCCUAUCGCCAUUGCUCAAAGCCCCAUUGACAUUCACCCUCCCCAAAAAUCCAUGCCUCACCACCCUCUGCGUACUCGGCCAAUCUUGCCCAAUCAACGUCUUGCCAACAGAGCAUUCCUCUCAUGCUCUGGGUAUUGAGCCAUCACCAGCCUGAAGAUCGUCUCAGCCUGGUCGUUGAGUCGGGCGUUCAGUCCCCGGAUGACAUUGUCGCCUGCCUCGAUGAGAGCGUUGAACUCUCGCACCUGACCUUGGCGCUCUGCCACCAGCUGACCUUGGGCUUGAUUUGCCCUUUCAAGGUCAUGUCUGAGGCGUUGGUUGUCUGAUCGCAACCGCUCACACUCGGUCUCCAGUUCAAACACUCCCUGGGCCAUUCUGCCGCCCAUAACCGGCCCCGAUGAGCCACCCGACGUCAACGGUGGAAAUUCCUCUUGUGAUUGCGUCGUUGCAACCACAGAUGACGCCGCUCUCAACCCAGCAGGCACAGCAGAGGCCACCUCUUGUGGCGCGAGGCCAAGUCUCCUGUCCAGGGCGUCCACUCGCUGACCAAGCUGGGCCAAGAAGAUAUGGUCGUGGCGUGCCAUUGCUUGGGAUUGUGGCUCUUCUAGCAGCCGUUUCAACAACUCCCGCGCCUCUCUUGUCCAGCCGAUCUUGUCGCCGGCGUACUUCUCACUGGCAUUCUCUGCCAGGGUUAUCUUGAUCUCGGCGAC